CACAACUAUUUUCAUUCCCAUAUAUGAGUACACAUUAUACACACCGUAGCGUCGAUGACUACUGAGUGUCGCUUCCGUAUCGGUUCAGUCAUCCCGAACUGGUGAAUCGCAACGUUCAGAAUGGCACCUCUUCGUUGGGGAAUUGUUGGUGCGGGUAAGAUCUCCCACGAUUUCACUACCGCUGUGGCUACCCUGCCCAAGGAGGAUCAUCAAGUGAUGGCCAUCAGUGCUCGCAAUUCGGAGAGUGCCCAAAAGUUUGCCCAACUGCACGGGAUUAUCAAAUUUUACGAAGGAUACGAGUCCCUUGCUAAAGAUCCGAAUGUUGACGCGGUGUACAUCGGAGCAAUUAACACUAAGCACUACGAAAUCGGAACACUGAUGCUUGACCACGGCAAGCAUGUGCUCUGCGAGAAACCUCUCUGUAUGAACGAAGGUCAAUCCAAGAGUUUGAUGGCCCAUGCCAGAAGGAAGCGAUUGUUCCUGAUGGAGGCGAUUUGGUCGAGAUUUUUCCCAUCGUACAUUCAUUUGAAGAACCGCAUCGACGCCGGUGAGCUGGGAGAAAUAAAGGCUGUCGAUGUGGAAUUUGGGUUCCCUCUGGUUGAAGUGGAUCGUUUGCGACUAAAGGACCUUGGGGGAGGUACGGUGCUUGACUUGGGUGUUUACACGAUACAGGUUUCUCUGUGGGCAUUCGGGAUGGAACCAGAUAAAAUCAUAGCAAAAGGAAAAUUGAACGAGGAGCGAGUUGAUGUCGAAAUGGAGGCACAACUGCACUUUCCCAAUGGCGGGAUCGCAACGAUGAAAUGCAGUGCCCUAGAACAACUUGCAAAUAGGGCAGAGAUCCGUGGAACCAAAGGGACAAUGACGCUGCACGAUUUCUGGUGCCCCGUCUCGCUGACAGACAUUGAUGGAUCGAAAAAAGAGUUCACUCUUCCGAAAGCUCCGCACACUUUCAACUAUCAAAAUAGCUGCGGGCUUCGCUUCGAGGCAGAGGAAACCCGUCGAUGCAUUAACGCCGGGCUGCUGGAAUCUGCUGUGGUGCCGCAUAGCGAAAGUACGCUGAUUGCCCGCAUACAGGAUGAGAUAAGGAGGCAAAUUGGCGUUCAGUUCCCUGAGGAUGCACAUUUCAAAGUGUAAUCAUCGGACCUUGGCCCGGAGGCACAUUCACAAAUUGCGCGUGGGCGAGAUGCUGUCGGUGGUGUAGUUUUUAUUUUAAGGUUUGAUUGCAAUGCUACUAUGUAAUUUACAAUAUAUGUUUACUUUUUUUGUUUGGACAUUGCCUCGCGGUGGGCGACACAAUCAGAAAUUAAAAUACUGAAACACAUAUUAAAACAAAAUGUUUGAGUUGUGUAUGAGUGCGUUCACAUAUGAAAGAGUACACUCAGUCGCCACGGUUUAUCAGACAAAAAAUAGAACUUAUAAAAACUACGGGAUUUCAAGCGGAUAACAAUAAAAAAAACUGACCUACACUAAUUUUCCUCCAAUAAUUUCUUAUUUAUUGGGUGUAGCAGGUGCUGUUUUUUGUCAUAAAAUUUGAAAGAGUGUAAAAUAUUCUGCAUUUUGUCAGGAAAACGCACUUCAUUAAGAACACAUUCUGAUCUUUUAUUUCACUACAUUUCAACACUAAUAUGUUACAAUUAAUGAAUACUUUCUACACGAGUUCCAAAAAGUGAACGAUUACUAAGUAAAAUUGAGAAAAUUUCCUACAAGAAUAAUCAGUUGAAGAUUUUUUAAUAAUUUUUAAUAUCAGUCAAAUACUUUUGUGACAUGACAACACCUGACAUUUUGCGGUUUCCAACUCUUGAACAUUAAUGUUGUCAAAAACAAAACAAAUUAAAUUUGUUCUAUGAUUUGUCAACAAUAGAUGGACAUACGUUCCAGUAUAUUCAUUGUUCCAGAAAACAUUUUUGUCCGUCUGUGUUCAGUGGCAACCCCUCAUAGUACAAUGGUGAAUAACAAUCUUAGGUUAUUCUCUCAUGAUGAACCAGUCUAAGGCUGAAAAUCUGUAUAAUAAAGACAAAGAAAAAAACAAAAUAGUAACAUCUGUUAACAUGACUUCAGAGAGUAAUUU